AUGUGUCUGCCUUUGUCGAACUUCUCGGGCGACGACUCCCUGCUGCUCGUAGCUACGAUCAUGGCUUCGAUUUCGAGCUCACGCGAAGCGGGAGGCGCGCUGCCGCCCGUGGAGGCCAGCGGGGUGCUACUCCGAGCUUUCGAAGACUGGACAAAGGAGCAUGGAGCUCUUCGACCAGCCGACAUUGGGCGGCUGAUGCGGCAGCAAGGAUAUGCGCCAACGCAGGCGGAGCUAAGGAGAUAUGCCGAGGCCGCGGAGCAGGGCGCCAGCGCCGCUGACUUUGCGGCUUGGUGCCAGCAGACAGGUUACAAGGAUCCGUCUUUCGAAGACUUGAUCUCCUUCUUCGCUCCCUUUGACCAGGAGAGCACGGGAUUUGUGCCUGCCCGCGUGUUCCGGCUGCUGCUGAGCCAGGGCGAGGCUCUGGACAGCAAGGAGCUGGAUGCGACGCUGGGGGAGAUCCGGACGAAAGCUGGUUCCAGCGGCGAGGAGCUGGUGAACUAUCGCGACUUCGUGACCCUGGCACUAGAGAGAUGA